AAGCAGUGCCCCAGCCUCGCCAGAGCGCUGCAGCGCCGUGCAACCAGCCACUGCAAAAACAAACACGCAACAGAGCUGCAAACAACACGAUGGCAAGACUUCCACUGCUCGCCGCAAGCCUAGCGGCCCUAACAGCCUCCUCAAGCGUGCCCCAAGUCGAGCGCUCCGCCAGCUACCCCAAGCGGAGCAGCGCGGACAGCGCGUUACUCGAAUGGGGCAACAGCGCCAUCAUCCACAACGCCGACGGCGUCGUCGCGCGAUUCGGCCCCGCGGCCACGCAUCCCGAGUUUGAAUUAGGCAUCGAGGCCGACUUAGUCACGGCGUCGCCGCGCCAGGGCUGCGAGGCGCUCUCGAACGCGGCGAAGGCGCUGACGCAGAUCGUCGUCAUGUACCGGGGCGGCUGCUCGUUCCGCAAGAAGCUCGAAAACGCCGAGGCGGCCGGCGCCGCGGCGCUGAUCGUCGUGAACAACGACCGCCGCUCUCCUGAUAGAGCGUUUGCCAUGUCCCUGGACGCGGACGAGGAGGUCGACCGGCCCGACGACGGCCCCGAUCCCGACCAGGACGCCAAAAUCCGGACGCCGUCGCUCAUGGUGUCCUACGCCGCGGGGCAGCAAUUACGGGAGCACGGGCCGCGGCGCAUGCGCAUCUUCGCGGGCGGCGACCGGCCCUUCAUCGAGUCUGUGACGGAUGCCGCGCCCCUGCUCUAUUUAGUGCAUAACGCGAUCAUGGAUUCCGAGAUCGAGGCGGCCAAAGCGAAAUUAGCACCUUAUCUACUACCGCACCCGCCGGGCCGGUCGAACGAGGCGCCCAUCCACCGCGCGACGCGGUCGCUCGGCGCUCUGAGGGGUGCCCAGCUCACGGCGUUCUACGACCGCGUCGCGUCGAUCGUCGGCUACCCCGUCGACCACCUCUCGGAGCCCAUCUUGGAGCGCCGCCGCGCGGGCCAGCCCUACGCGCUGCGCGAGGACCGGGCGCUGCUGCCGCUGAACCCGUAUUGCUGCCAGCGUUUUUUUCCCCCGCCGCGCCAUCGAGCAGACGUCGCCAUCGGGGUAGGACGCCAUCGACGCGAGAUAUCCACACAGGCGCGGCGUCGAGGACGCGCGCGCGCGCACGAUCAUGACGGUUUAUUGUUAUCUGGACGAUGUCAAGGACGAGGACGGCGGCGCCUUAUAUUUCGCGCGCGCGCGGCCGGGCGCCGUGCGCGUGCGCGUCCGCAAGGGCCUGGCGGCCAUCUUCUACUCUGCCCUCGAGGACGGGACCUUGGAUCGGACGGCGGCGCACGGCGACGCGCCGCUGCGGUCGGGCGCCGAGGCCUGGGUGCUGGCCCUGCGCGUCUACGACCGGCCGCGCCCGCUCGCGCGCCGCGUGAUCCUGCCGGCGGUGCUCUGGCUGCCGUUCGGCGGCGCGCCGCCCAAGGCCCUGGCCGUGGCGAGCUACCGCUUCUUCGCGCGCGCUGUGGGGGAUGAGAAGGCGCCGGCGGCCGUCGACGCGGCGCUCUGGGCGCUGGCCGCGUUGCUAUUCGCGCCGCUCGGCGUGGCCGCCUUCCUCGCCUACAAGGCGUUCGAGAAGUCGCGCGCGCCUCCCAAAAGAGUCGUGUCGCAGCCCGAGAAGAAGUCUCGCAAGAGCAAGAAGAAGGACUGACGCGCCGCGUCAUCGAUGUCGCCUAAGAGCACGACACAGAUAGUUAGACAAACAA